GCUCUUACAAGCACGUAUUCCUUUUUGUUUUCCGUGACCUAGUCGACUAUUAUGGCUGCUACAAAGAUACACGUCAGCAUUGCGGUCUUCAAAGGGGAUCCGGUCGACUACCAGAUAUUCCGCCACACAAUGCUAUGGUUUCGUUUCGCCGAUCAGUUGCCACCUGUCUCAAUCGACGUUAUGGGGCCACCCCAAGAGUUCCAGUUUCAAGUUAGGGAAAACUACGAUCCUUCUCAGAGCAGAGACUUUGCGAAAGAAGUAUCGGUCGGAUAUCUACGAGUAGCAAUGACAAAGCCUCAACUCGUGAACUUGAUUUCUCAGACGCCUCUAGAAAACUCCAACCCAGAGUUUAACUGCCAGGUUUGGGUUGAGGCUGCGCUCAAAAGGUUGCAAGCCCAAAAUUAUAUAUCGGAGGAUGAAUAUAGAGCGGGUGUAGAUGGAAUGGUUGAUGCCAUAAUGGAAGCACGGGAUGAGCCAUAAGCGUAUGGAUUAAUCGAGCUAAAGCUAUGGCUGUCGGUUCAUUGCAAUUGCCAGCGCCUAAGGGCCUGGUAAACGAUUAGCUCUUCGUGGUAUUGCUCUGGAAAUAUAUAUUGCGCAUAAUCUUUCCAGUCCCUAUGUUUGGCAUGACGGUCCAGGAAUUUAACAUAUUCCCAGUAUUCAGGAUACC